AUGUCUUUUUCGAGCUCCUCAUCCGACGGUGUUCUUGACGAUAUGGUUAUCGCCAUAACGCAGGAGGCGAUUAAUUAUUUGCGAGAAGAAGCCGAAUCCUCUGCAUCGCGUACCAAACAACCGCCUCUUGAACGGAAUCGGUUAGUUGCUCAUGAACGUCUAAUGCAAGAUUAUUUUUGUGAAACUCCUUUGUACGAUGAUGUUCAGUUUAAGCAUAGGUUUCGUAUGAGCCGACGACUAUUCGUUAAAAUUUCCAAUGAUCUUGCGGGCGAAUCCCCUUUUUUCACGCAAAGGGCAAGUGCAAGUCGCAAAGUUGGUUUCUCUGGACUACAAAAGUGUACCGCAGCAAUUAGGCAAUUAGCGUAG